CCCCCCUCAACCCUCGGCCUUGACUUGCCUCUUCAUCGGACAAUCACCGUGUGCUACUCUCGGCCUAGCUAUCCCGAAAACCCACCACGCGUGUCAUUCGCCUAGUGCGCGUCAUGGUCGAUCCUUGAUAGAGGGGGACUAUCUCGCUAUAGCAAAAUGCCGAACACUGCAGCAGCACCUCCCGCUCUGCUGCCCCCUUCCUCCAAUCAGGGCCCAAGCGGCACUGAUAAAGACCUGAGUCCGGGAGAGUACUCGUCCGGUAUUGACUCGGAUAAUGAGCUCCUUGGCCCCAAUGGCUCGCGAGCUUUGAAACGAAAACGGCCCCUCACCGUCUCGUGUGAACUAUGCAAGCAGAGAAAGGUCAAAUGUGAUCGAGUACAGCCCAGCUGUGGCUGGUGUAAUCGCAAUGGACAGAUGUGUGAGUACAAGGAGCGGAAGAAGCCUGGUCUGCGAGCUGGCUAUGGAAAGGAGCUAGAGCAGCGACUUGACAGAUUGGAGGAAAUCAUCCAGUCGCAAGCCCGUCUCAUUGAGAUGCAUGUCCUACAGAGUCGACCUCCAAUUGGGCAUGAGAUGGCGCCGACUGGCUCAUUCUCCUACAGCUCCCCAUCGGAACCCUCGGCUGUUCACGGUCCCAGUCCCCGCGCCGCACUUUACUUCAAUGAUCCCGCUUCCUCGGUGACCAUACCCUCUCGUCGAGCAGAUGUUUCGAUUACCAGUCCGUCAGAUACCUCAGUGAAGAACUUGGUUCAAAAGAGCCUCCAAAAUGGAGGAUCAGCACCUUCUAUGAGCUCGUUACCGUCUGCCCACAACGCACAAACAAAUAACGACUAUACUGGGAAUGAAUCCUCAUUGGAAGUCCCCGUCAAUCUCUUUGGCAAUCAAGAGCAGUCAUUAGCAGAUCCCGGGUUAGAUCUGCCACCAUAUGAUCUGCUUUAUGCGCUGGUCGAUCUGUAUUUUGAGCACAUCAACACCUGGUGCCCAAUUCUCCAUCGUCGGUCGACACUAGACACUUUCUUCGGCCCGUCUCCGCUGGAGGAGGCAGAUCGAAUGGUUUUGUAUGCCAUCGUGGCAACAACCUUGCGCUUUUCUUCAGAUUCCCGACUCAACGAUCAGAAUCGGAAACGUUAUCACGACUCCUCGAAACAGAAGGUUCUUCUCUAUGGCUUGGAGAAUUCAUCUGUGAGAGCUUUGCAAGCCCUCGUUAUAUUGGCAAUAGACUUGGUUGGAUCAUCUAAUGGUCCUCCGGGUUGGAAGCUGCUUGCUCUGAUUACAAGAUCCGUGGUCCAGCUGGGAUUGGCUGUAGAGUCCAAGUCGUCGUUGAUCGCUCCCGUGUACCCUUCCAUCUAUACAUUGAGAGCAGUGACACUCUCAGAACCUGACUCCUGGAUUGAGGAUGAAAGCCGACGGCGCUUGUUCUGGAUGGUUUAUUUGCUGGACCGAUAUUCAACGAUCGCUACUGCUUUCAACUUUGCACUCGACGAUAAGGACAUCGACCGCAAGCUUCCCUGUAAGGAAGAAUUUUUCAUGAAGAACCAGCCUGUCGAGACGAGACGAUUCCACUGUUCUAGUGAUCGUGCCGAUUAUCUUAGCCAUUCAGAGAAUGUUGGGUCUUUCGGACUAUACAUGGAGAUUCUCGGUAUCCUGUCCCGCAUCCAUGUGUUUUUGAAGCGGCCUGUGGAUAUUGGCUCGCUUUCCGACGUCGAGGAAUGGCAGGCUACCUACCGCAAGCUUGAUAGUGAGCUCACGUCGUGGGAGUUUAACCUGCCUGUUGAGUAUGCGUACGAGAACUCGUCGAGGCUCUUUGCCGCGGGAAAGCAGAGUCGAUCUAUUCAUAGCGACUGGGUCCAGCUCCAUGCUACGUACCAAACAGCUGUGAUCCGCUUACAUUCAUCUGCCGCGUAUCCAACUACCCGUUCGCCCAUCUUCACCCCCUCAUACAGUGCCAGUCAACGGUGCCUUUUAGCAGUCGACAACAUCCUAUCGGUGACUCGCUUCGUCGUCGAAAACAACUUGCUCGACAAACUAGGACCACCCUUUGCAUUCACCCUCUGGGUCUCAGCCCGCCUCCUCCUCGUCCACGGCUCAACGAUCGCCCACACCGUCAGCCACGACAUCCUCUUCUUCGUCGACACCCUCGCCCACAUGGGACAAUACUGGAAAGUCGCCGAACGCUACAGCAACAUCCUCCAACGUGUCUUGGACGAAUACGGCGAAUACCAACAAUCCGCCGCCACGGACGGCGAACGCUCAACACCCUCUACUGUCAAAAUCCUCGCCGACAUGCGCCGCUGUGCAUUUGACCUCGACUUCCUGAUCUCCCGUCAGCCGCGCGAGUCCCCAUCGAGCAUGAGUAACGGCGGAACCGAGGCACCCCGCCCUCAAAACCCCGCUAUUACCCCGCGAAACUUGGCUCCCAAUGAAUUGGAAUACCUCGACGUCUUUGGGUUCUUCAAUGUACCGCGUGUACCGCCUGCACGUGCACCGGAUCCGACUUCAACUAAUCACGCUGGCCCUGGCCAAUUGGAUAUGUCUGAGUCCGUGCCGAAUCCCAUGUCUAUCCAUGGACUUACGGGUACCGGCCCCGUUGCUGAUGGGAAUACGAAUGAGUUUAAUAUCACCAAUUAUUUGAUUCCCACGCCGGAGACGGAUUGGUUGUUCCGGCCAGGUGGAUGAAGCGUCUGAUUCCAUGUCCAUUAUGUGAACUCACAUGUCAAUUUGCCAUUCGUCUAUCAUUCUCAUUGCCGUAUUGAGUAUUGAGAGGGUUUGGGCAUCGGGUCUCAACCAUGCAUUCCUUCAUCAAUUUCAUCAGCAGCAAAGCCUCCUUGAAGGCUUCCCUCGCUUCAGUCUCCGGAAAGGAGAACUUUCCAGCGUCCAUGGUGGCUGGGAACGCAAGCCCAUGAUUCACGGCUUCGCGAGCUUGUUUUGAGAACGGUGCCAGAAUCGGCGAUUCGUUGCUGCCUCUCUCUCAAUUUAAAGACUAAAUACUCCGAUCUGGAAAAGAGGAGUAGUAUGAUUGAUUCGGCGUUUACUACGUCCCCAGUCAUUGGAAAGACUUCGGAAAUCUGUGAGGGCCAAAAUGUAUCUCCAUCCUGCCAAAUCUGAGUUCAAGAUGCAAUACGCGUCAUCCUACCAGGAAUAGGUGGCCAGCCCCUAGCACCGCUUGUACUGCUCACACAAAUUUAAAUUGUUAGCUUCAACGGCAUACAAUGUUCACGCCUCUCUACGUACCCAUAUGAAGACCCCAACAUAUCCAUUAUAUGCAUACAAACAGAAAAGAAAAGAAAAGACAGGAGACUCAGAUUGUAAAAUACAUAUAAGAAAACAAAAAAGAGACUGCGAGCAUCCCAUUUACAAUAAAGCAGCCCGAGGCCCGAAUCAAAAAUCGAAGCCCAAGGAGCAGACAACAGGUAUAGUGGUAUAUCCAACCAACACUUUAGUUGAGAACAUGGGCAGGCUGCGCAGUGGCACGGACAUGACGACCCAAUUUCUCCAACUCGCCAAUAAUACCGCCACCGGACAGACUCCACUUCUCGCCGACCCAGGUCUCAUUGACUUCCUCACGCAGCAAGCCGCUGCGGGCAAAGUACUCCAGGUAACCGCGGGCCUCGUCGCGGGUCAGACCACCGAGUGUCUGAAGCUCGAACUGAGGCUCCUUGCCGGUAGUAGGCUUGAACAGCUCCAGAAUGCGGGGGUCGGCACCGCUGUAAGCCUCGGGGGCAGGGUAGUCUGGGGACGAAGGGCUGACGCCGGCCUGGCGGGCGGCCAGCUGCUCCAGGGCAACAUCGAGGGUGUGGACGGCAGGGUUGUUGGAGGUGGAGGUAGCGUAGAGGACCAUACCGCCGUUCUUCAGCGAGGCCUGGCCGUUCUGUAGAAGGGAGAGGAAGUGCUUGACGAAGACGAGGUCGUGCGCGUGUACGGGACUGUAGUCGGAGGCGCGGUAGGCGCUCUCCUUCAUCCAAUGUGCGAUGCCAUCAACGGUCACCAGCAUGGGAGGACGGGGCUUGAAGUCCUUCUCCAUACCGGGGGCCGCGGCGGUGGCAGUCAGCUCCGUCCACAGAGCCUGGAAAACGGGCCAGGCAACGGCCGCAUCCUGGAAGCCGAGCUUGGCGAGAUCCUCCAGGGUGGAGGAAGCCUUCAGGGACGGCAGGGCAGAGUGUUUCUGUGAAACCUUGAGGCUAGAGAGAACCUGACGAUUGGCCUCAACGGUGCGCAUCAGAAGGGCGGAGACGGCAUUGGGCUGGAUGUAUUGGGGCGGGUUGGUGCCCUCGAUCGGGGAGUAGGUGGUAUCACCGGAUACGAGGUCUCGGGCUGUAGGAAGAGCAAAUUAGCAGCUGCAAUUGAUCAAUUGAUACCAUAGGCACAUUUUUGCAGCACUUACCAUCAGGAACUGUGACCACAACCCACUUCUUAAGGAAACCCAUGGCCAUAGCCUGCAGCAGAUGCACAGUCUUGCCAGAGCCCUUCAAACCCGUGAUAAUCUUCUUAACCACCUUGCCCUUCUCGGCGGAAUCACCCUCUCCAGAAAUCUUCUCAAACAAGCGAGCCAUCUCCAAAGUAUCCCGACGCAGAACGGUACCCGGCCGGCGGAAUAUAGACCAGCCUUGCUUAGGCUGGAAAGCCUGCACAGCUCUCAAUUGGUCCAGCAUCGGCACCGGCAGACCCAGCACGGAGCCACGCAGACGAGCAUCAACCAUAGUCUCCAAAGACAGAUCCUGCAUACCCUCAAUCUCAAGGGCAUUGGGGUUACUCAAGACAAUACGUUUCCGCAAAGCCUUGCGCUCGCCGACGGCCGGAGGACGCGCACGCUCGGUGGUCUUCUUCUUCUUUCGGCGCAGGGUCUGACCCUGACGAUACUUCACUGCCACGAUGGUACUCUUUUUCUUUGUUGGGUUGGCAUAUUGCACGGCGGAGGAGUGGAAGGAAGCGGUCGUGAUUCGGGGUGUAAUGGACUGCGGAGGGAGGAUUGCUCGAGGUGAUGGUGUUGCGCGAAGCCGCGAGAGGCAGCUCCAGCACCACGAGGAGGCCAUUGGGAUCACUCAGACACUGGCGCAGUGGCCAGUGUGGUCAAUUCGGUGCGAAAUUGGGGAGUGAAAGUUUGAGAGUAGAAUUGGCGGAUCUCGGAGUGUCGGG